GAGGAGCUCAACACUCCUUCACAGACACACACACAGGCUGAUGCUCCAUCCGUUUCAUCAAUGUGUAUGGUCAUAUUUGCUCCGCUUUUUGCUGUUUUAGCAUUUGCAACAUGUGGCGGAUAUUCUGGCCAGAUAAUGGUUAAAGUAGAAUGUUUGAACAAAACCCAAAACAACAUCAGCAUUAGUUUCAGCUACCCCUUCAGAUUGCAACAGGUUCACUUUACUGCACCUCUGUGUGAAAAAACAAGGAAAGAGACCCUUUUUCUCGAAGGCGAUUAUGCUUCGUCUGCACAGUUCUUUGUCACUGUGUCAGUCCUGGCUUUUCUCUAUUCCCUUUUGGCCACCAUUGUUUACAUCUUCUACCAGAACAAAUACAGAGAGAAGAACAGAGGUCCAGUAGUUGAUUUCUUGGUGACUUUAGCUUUCUCUAGCCUGUGGCUGGUGAGCUCAAUUUCCUGGGCUAAAACUCUGUCUGGGGUGAAAACGGCCACUGAUGUGCAUCAAAUCCUGCUGUUAAUGUCUGCAUGCAGAGCCCAGGAGAACACAUGUGAAGUCCUGCAGGAGCCCAUCUGGACCAAUCUCAACAUGUCUGCUGCCUUUGGUUUUUUGAACUUCUUACUUUGGGCUGGUAAUAUCUGGUUUGCCUAUAAAGAGACAGGUCUGCAUAAGUCUUUCCAGCGGUAUCCCUCCAGAACGCCCUCCGAGAAACGCGGCAGCUUCAGGCAGUUCAGUCAGACCAGCUUUGAUCAGUCUGGAGCCAGUUUUGGUCAGAGGCUCUACAACCAAGGCAGUUUUGACUUGUCCAGUGGAGGCUUCAGUCUCCCACAAACCAAUCUGGGACAGCCAAUGCUGUACCGACAGAUGGGGAGUCCCACAUCCAGAGGCCCUCUCAUAUUUGUUAAUGAGAUGUGAGACAAAAGUACUCAGUAAUAACACAGGUAAUUUGUCAUCGUGCAUUUAUAUUUCUAUCAUGUGAUAUACUGUAUUGUGACAAAGAUAUGUGUUUAAUGUACAGUAGCUAUA